AUGUCAUUGCCUGUGGUUAACAUUGACGUUGACUAUCAUGCUGAGAAAGAGCGCAUCGAGCAGUUUUUGUCCACAUUUACAUCACAAGAGAAGGAUCUGGUCGACGGGAUGGCAGACAUUGAUCUUCAGGACAAUGCCGAUGGGGGGCGGCAGAAAGCUCUGAAGUACAUGCAACAAUUGCAACGGGUGGCCAACAGAGAGCAGCAAAUGCUUCACGAACGUACCGUGGCCGAGCUGGUCUCCCGGAUCCGUCGAAACGCGCGGCGCUACGUUUCCCUCUUCAGCGAAGUCAUCGAUUCUCUAAUGCCUGAACCAACCAAAGACAUCAGCGAGCACGAUGAGGUUAUAGAUGUCAUCCUCCAUCAACGUAAAGCACAAAACCAAAACCUUGAAGCCGGCCAACAGCACUUCCCUGACCAUCUAUUGCGACGAUAUAAUCUUUACUUUCAGCCUUUGCGCUCUGAUAUUGCCAUGGCUGUACGAGAUGUCAAGGGUGCUCAUCUUGGUCGGCUCAUCACUGUCCAAGUCAAGCCGCUCCUUCUUGUCAACGCAUACACCUGCGACUCGUGCGGGUCAGAAACAUUCCAAGACAUCUCUCACAAGGAGUUCGCUCCGAUCUACGAUUGCCAGAAUGAAGACAGCUGCAAGAAGAACGGGAUUCAUGGCACUCUUCAUAUGCAGACAAGAGCCUGUCGCUUCAGUCCUUUCCAAGAGGUCAAGAUACAGGAGAUGGCUGAUCAAGUGCCUGUGGGACACAUCCCUCGCUCUAUGACGGUGCAUGUCAAUGGUACACUGACGCGUCAAAUGAGCCCCGGAGACAUCGUUCACUUGGGUGGCAUCUUCCUCCCUAUUCCCUACACGGGGUACCAAGCUAUACGUGCUGGACUUUUGACCGACACUUUCCUUGAAGCCCACCACAUUCAUCAACUCAAGAAGCAAUACAGUGCCAUGGAACUGACCGCCGAUAUCAUACGCGAUAUCAAUGCGCUCUCCAGCGACCCUCACCUCUACGCCAAACUUACGCAAAGUAUCGCUCCUGAAAUCUAUGGUCACAUCGACGUCAAGAAAGCCCUUUUACUCCUGCUCGUCGGCGGCGUGACCAAGCAAAUGGGCGACGGUCUGAAGAUCCGCGGGGACAUCAAUAUCUGCCUCAUGGGCGACCCCGGUGUAGCCAAGUCACAACUCCUCAAGUAUAUCUCAAAGGUUGCUCCGCGCGGCGUAUACACCACAGGCAAAGGUUCUUCGGGUGUGGGCUUAACUGCAGCCGUUAUGCGAGACCCAGUAACGGAUGAAAUGGUUCUCGAGGGUGGCGCACUCGUACUCGCGGACAACGGCAUUUGCUGUAUUGACGAGUUCGAUAAAAUGGAGGAGUCUGAUCGCACUGCCAUUCACGAGGUCAUGGAACAGCAAACGAUCUCUAUAUCCAAGGCAGGCAUCUCCACCACGCUGAACGCACGCACGUCGAUUCUUGCUGCUGCAAACCCGCUGUACGGUCGAUACAACCCCAAGUUGUCCCCUGUAGAGAACAUCAACCUACCGGCUGCUCUUCUAUCCCGUUUUGACCUCAUGUUCCUCAUUCUUGACAAGCCCACUCGUGAGGACGACGAGCAGCUCGCCGUCCAUGUCACCCACGUCCACAUGUAUAACACUCACCCCGAACUCGAGUUCGAAGUUGUCGAUCCUGUUCUAAUUCGCCACUACAUCGCCCGCGCACGACAAUACCGUCCAACGGUGCCGGCAGACGUCUCCAAUUAUGUCGUCGACUCGUAUGUUCGCCUCCGCAAGCGGUCCAAGGACGACGACGCGAACGCCAAGUCACACACGUACAUCUCCGCGCGUACGCUCCUCGGCGUCCUUCGCCUUUCUCAGGCCCUCGCACGUCUCCGCUUCUCAGACCUUGUUCAGCGCGCGGAUGUCGACGAGGCGCUGCGUCUCAUGGAGGUGAGCAAGAAGAGCCUCGACGACGAGGACGAAGACGCGCGCGACCACGACCGAUCCGAUGUCAGCAAGAUCUUCCGUCUCAUCAAGGAGAUGGCCAAGCAGGCGCAGGGCGGAAAGAAGGGUCGUCGUGCGCGGGGUGCCAGGCGUUUUGGAAAGGGGUCGGGCGGAGAGCGGGACAUGGACGUCGACGAUGAAGAGGAAGACGUCGAGGAGCUGUCCAUGGUCGACAUCCGUUCCCGAGUGCUUACGAGCGGCUUCACUGAAGCUCAGCUCAUGGAUACCAUUCUCGAGUACGAGGGUCUUGACGUCUGGACUCGCGUGGCCAACAACUCAAAAUUGCGUUUCAUCGAAACCGAUUAG